UAUUGCAGGGCCAGGACUGCAGAUAGGCAGAAAGUUUCGGGUAACCCCUACCGAAGCAGGGACUGCGCCACCCUCUGCCGGGAUAUGGAGCUGCUGUCGCCGCCGCUCCGAGACGUAGACUUGACUGGCCCCGACGGCGCCCUCUGCAACUUUGCCUCGGCGGAUGAUUUCUAUGAUGACCCUUGUUUCGACUCCUCCGACCUGCGAUUCUUCGAGGACCUGGACCCGCGCCUCGUGCACGUGGGCGCGCUCCUGAAACCCGAGGAACACUCGCACUUCCCGGCGGCGGUGCACCCGGCGCCAGGCACGCGUGAGGACGAGCAUGUGCGCGCUCCCAGCGGGCACCACCAGGCUGGCCGCUGUCUGCUGUGGGCCUGCAAAGCGUGCAAGCGCAAGACCACUAACGCCGACCGCCGCAAGGCCGCCACCAUGCGCGAGCGGCGCCGCCUGAGCAAAGUCAACGAGGCUUUCGAGACGCUCAAGCGCUGCACGUCCAGCAACCCGAACCAGCGUCUACCCAAGGUGGAGAUCCUGCGCAAUGCGAUUCGCUACAUCGAAGGCCUGCAGGCGCUGCUGCGCGACCAGGACUCCGCGCCCCCUGGUGCCGCCGCUGCCUUCUACGCGCCUGGCCCGCUGCCCCCAGGCCGUGUGGGCGAACACUACAGCGGCGACUCAGACGCGUCCAGCCCUCGGUCCAACUGCUCCGACGGCAUGAUGGACUACAGCGGCCCCCCGAACGGUGCCCGGCGGCGGAACUGCUACGAUGGCAGCUACUACAGCGAGACGCCCGGCGAACCCAGGCCCGGAAAGAGUGCCGCGGUGUCGAGCCUCGACUGCCUGUCCAGCAUCGUGGAGCGCAUCUCCACCGACAGCCCCACCGCGCCCGCGCUUCUGCUGGCGGAUGCGCCCCCGGAGUCUUCUCCCGGUCCACAGGAGGAAGCCGCCCAGAGCGAGGUCGAGCGCGGCGCCCCCACCCCUUCCCCGGACGCUGCCCCGCAGUGCCCCGCGGGCGCAACCCCCAACCCCAUCUACCAGGUGCUCUGAGGGGGUGGGCGGCCGCAUGGGAGGGCUCCGCUGCCCGCGCACCCGAGGGACGGUGCCCCUAGAGUCCCUCGCGCCCGAAAGAUUGAGCUUAAAUGCCAACCCCCACUCCCAACCGCGCUUUAAAAGCGACCCCUCCCGAGUUGGGAGAGGCGGGAGAACUGAUGUGUUUCCACUCCCGCACUCCACAGCAAGGACACAGUCCUUCUUUCCCACGCAACACCCUUCCCUGAGACUCUCUGCGAUGGCCUUUAGGUGUUCCUUCUUGGGCCAGAGCUGAUCCUCGAGGGGCCAGACCCUUCCUCUGCCUUUCCCCACUUCCCUAGCAGGGAUGGGACCCGCGCAGA